AUGAUGGAGAAUGGAAUAAUUACUACAUCUGACUCUCACUUUUGUUCAUUAAUGCUUGGUAGGAGUGGAAGUUCAGUUCCUGAAAAUGGUGACAACAGCAGAUUCAACCUCUUCUGCUGCUUUGUGAUGAAUGAUGAAAGGAAGCUGGGAAGAACUGUCAUGCAACAGCUGAGCUGGAGUACAGAGAAAGACUCAUGGCAUGUACUUGGAUUUAGAGCUCUUGAAGUGAACACGGCUUGGCACAACGGCGACGUGGGGCUCCCCCUGCAUGCCCACAUCUAUCCCAGGGACAUGGAGGCCAUCCCCAGGGCCAGCGCCAACCCCAACACCUGCAAGGUGCGGGCCCUGGCCUUCAGCGGCCACAACCAGGAGCUGGGGGCCGUGUCCCUGAACGGGUACUUCCACCUGUGGAAGGCCCGGAGCACCCUGUCCAGGCUGCUGUCCGUCAGGCUGCCCUACUGCCGAGAGAACGUGUGCCUGACCUACUGCGACGAGCUGUCCCUGUAUGCGGUGGGCUCCCAGUCCCAUGUCUCCUUCCUGGACCCUCGCCAUCGCCUGCAGAACAUCCGGCCCCUGUGCUCCCGAGAGGGUGGCACGGGCGUGCGCUCGCUGAGCUUCUACCAGCACAUCGUCACCGUGGGCACCGGCCACGGCUCCCUGCUCUUCUAUGACAUCCGCGCCCAGAAGUUCCUGGAGGAGCGGGCCUCGGCCGGCUCGGACACCUCUCCCAGGCCGCCAGUGAGGAAGCUCAAGCUCACCUGUGGCAGAGGCUGGCUCAACCACGACGACCUGUGGGUCAACUACUUCGGCGGCAUCAACGAGUUCCCCAAUGCGCUCUACACCCACUGCUACAACUGGCCUGAGAUGAAGCUCUUCGUGGCUGGGGGCCCGCUCCCUUCAGGCCUCCAUGGGAACUAUGCAGGCCUGUGGAGCUAAGAAAGACUGAAGUUCCAUCUAACUCUCCUUCUUCAUCCUCCUGAGUGUUUAUUCUUUUAACUCUUUCCGUUGUCUUCUGGGUGGAACCUGACAACCUCAGUCUGUGCUCCUUUCUAAGCAAAGAGAGAGAAACAGAGGGAGAGAGACAAAAAAUUUCUGCUCCUCCCCAAUGCUGUUAUCUUUUUAACUUUUCAUACAAAUAAUUUUGGCUAAUCCAUAGUUGCAU